UUUUGCUGUGUUGCAAUCAGUAAACGUUUUGUUUUCAUGCAUGUUUAUUGUCUUGCAUGAUGCCACGAACAGUGGUAGUCUGGACGUUGAAACACGCUUGUUUAGUAAAUAUAGCACGGAACAUGGAUAAAAUGUGGUGCAACGCGUUUGAACGAGAUUUUAGCAAUGCACCACGACUGCUCUAUGUUUUAGGUCCUUUUGAAAACUUCAUGUUGGAUGGUUUGAUGAACGGGCAGCUAAACGUGUAGGAAUCAGCUUGUCUUGAAUUUCAUGUACAGCGAACAUGAUUAGGAUAUCGAUAGUUGGGAUGGGAAAACCCCACUGAUUCUGAGGAGGUGGUUCAAUUAGAACUACGACCCAAGCAUCUCAGCUGGUGAUAUGAUCCAGGAGCUGAUUAAUGCACUGAUCUCAGAGCACAAACUACGACGACUACACUUCCAGUUACUGCUCACAAACCGAUUGGACCAUAUCGAUUUUAGUCAUUGUCCUAACCUUUCCAACAUUCCUCAUCUUAUUGGACUCCGGUGUCAGAAAUUAACCUCUUUGAACAUCUCCAAUUGCUCUUGGAUAACCGCCUCAUCCGUAUCUAGUAUGAUAGAAAAUCUUCCUCAGCUCAAGAAGCUUCUUUUGCGGAACACUAAAGUAAAUGACAAUGUACUUGCCACUAUCCACAAAUUCUGCCAAAAUCUUCAAGUUCUAGAUGUUUUUGCUUGCCCAAUUACAGAUGUUGGGGCAAUAAAUUUGUGUGGUAGAACCCAUAACAACUCACGUUUAUGUGAUAAUUUCAAGAAGCUAGAUAUAAGUGCCACAAAGAUUGGAAAUACAGGUGCCUCAGAAAUACUUAAAACAUUUAAAAACUUGCUUCAUUUGGGAUAUGCAGAUGUAAUGGAAGCAGUGACUCUUGCUUCUGGACAGCUGGGUUGUGCAAGCAAAGACAGUGAAAAUAAUGAUCUUAAUUCCCAAGUAUUUCAGCUGAGGACCUUAACAGCAACUGGUCUGAAAUGUAAAGAGGUUAGUCCACAGAGUGUGUACGUGGCAUGCAGUGUUUGUCCAUUCAUUACUGAGGUGAUCUUCUACCAAGGUGCCAUAAAUUCAAGUUUGCAGAAUUUAAAAUAUCUUCAGCAUUUACAUUCAUUAGAAAUAACCAGUGACCAAGCAGAGGAUGUAACAUUCUUUGAUGGACUUGUUCCACUCCUCAAAGAGAUUGGCUCCAGAUUGUACUCGGUGGGACUCUUCGACAUAAAAGACCUUGAUUUGGGCAAGUUGGGUGUACUCUGUCCUGCUUUGGAAAAUUUAAAAUGUGUCAUGGCUGCCUUCAAUUCUGUUGCCUUUUACGAAUCAUUCUUGACGGGGCUGGAGAGCAAGCAGAUUUAUCGGUGUCUGAAGAAGAUCAUGAUUGUGGUUGGAAACGACAGCACCAACUUCAGUGCAGGAACUUUCCAGACGAUGUUGGUGAAUGCCGAGCACCUGCAGGUGAUGCACCUGGUCAAUGUGCAGUGCAUGACCAGUGAACUGCUGCUGCAGGUCAUCAAGUGUCAUGGACUGAAGAGUCUCUGCAAGGUAUACAUGGAGUCCUGCAACCAGCUGACGGUCUCGGGAAUCCGAGAACUGCUGUUCUGUGAUAAUCCCUUGAACUCGCUUAUUGUUAAGCACUGUGAGGAAAUAACAAGAUGUGAUUUUGACAAUCUAAACCGUCUUGUUCAUCAGAAUAAUUUUGACCUUGCUAUAGAAUGGGUGUGAUCACGUGUUUUAACAUAUGUAAUCAUGAACAAAACCUUUCUAAAUGUAGUUUUAUCUGUUAGAGAUGUAGAACAAAACCUUUUUAAUGAACUACCAUUUUACCUUUCAGUGAUGUAUUUUUUGUUUUGUAUUUUAAAAUACCCUGUAUUUAUACAUUGAAAUCAAAGUGAUGUUUUGUUUUUUUAUUGAUUUGGAAAAACUUAUAUUUGUUUUUAAAAGUGCAACAUUACCAUUCAUAAAAAGCCACUUCAAUUUUCAUGAAUGACAAAACACAAUCUUUUUCUGCAAUUCCGUGUUUUAAUGCCACUUCAAAACUGCUCCUGCCCUUGUUCUUUGAUGAAGAGUUACUUCCCACUUUUUAUGAUCAUGAUAAAGGGUUUUUCAUUUUUCGCGUCAAAAGUGUCAUUUUCAUCUAUUCAUUUGUAGUGUCAGGUCAGAGUUACAUACAUUAGAGUUACAGGCUGGCUUUACUACUAUAUAAGGUUUACUAAUUAAUAGAAACUACAACCAGUACUAUAGUUUAAUACACUUAAUCACUUUACAGUUAGGAAUGGUCAUGUCAACUGCCUUCAUACAUUGCCAUGUAUUAGUUUGUUUUCGGUGUUAAAAUGGAGAAUUAUAAUAAUUUUUUUAAGUGACAUACAUGUACGUAGCAAGUACAUUGUAUAGUCAAACACUAUCAAAGAAUAUCAGUCGACAGUAAAAAAGUUAAGGUUGACCCUCUGUUCUAAAUGGUUAAAUAAUUAAAAUAUAUGCACAGAAAUGUUUUAGUAAACCUCGCCCUGAAAUAAUAAAGCACACCGAUUUAUUCUUUGAUAAAAAUGCAAGUUUUAUUUGAUUAAUUCCUAGAAAGGCCUUCCAUCUUGAGGAUGAUCUGCCAGCCUAAGAGACUACAGUGCAUCAUGAGUGUACCUCUUGGUCAUAUCAGAUGACUUGCUGGGGGACUGAGAAAAGAAUAAAGGCUGUGAUCUUGGCACAUGGUAGUUAAACUUGGUCAUAUCAGAUGACUUGCUGGGGGACUGAGAAAAGAAUAAAGGCUGUAAUCUUGGCACAUGGUAGUUAAACUUGGUCAUAUCAGAUGACUUGCUGGGGGACUGAGAAAAGAAGAAAGGCUGUAAUCUUGGCACAUGGUAGUUAAACUUGGUCAUAUCAGAUGACUUGCUGGGGGAAUGAGAAAAGAAUAAAGGCUGUGAUCUUGGCACAUGGUAGUUAAACUUGGUCAUAUCAGAUGACUUGCUGGGGGACUGAGAAAAGAAUAAAGGCUGUGAUCUUGGCACAUGGUAGUUAAACUUGGUCAUAUCAGAUGACUUGCUGGGGGACGGAGAAAAGAAUAAAGGCUGUGAUCUUGGCACAUGGUAGUUAAACUUGGUCAUAUCAGAUGACUUGCUGGGGGACUGAGAAAAGAAGAAAGGCUGUAAUCUUGGCACAUGGUAGUUAAACUUGGUCAUAUCAGAUGACUUGCUGGGGGACUGAGAAAAGAAUAAAGGCUGUAAUCUUGGCACAUGGUAGUUAAACUUGGUCAUAUCAGAUUACUUGCUGGGGGAAUGAGAAAAGAAGAAAGGCUGUGAUCUUGGCACAUGGUAGUUAAACUUGGUCAUAUCAGAUGACUUGCUGGGGGAAUGAAAAAAGAAUAAAGGCUGUGAUCUUGGCACAUGGUAGUUAAACUUGGUCAUAUCAGAUGACUUGCUGGGGGACUGAGAGAAGAAUAAAGGCUGUAAUCUUGGCACAUGGUAGUUAAACUUGGUCAUAUCAGAUGACUUGCUGGGGGAAUGAAAAAAGAAUAAAGGCUGUGAUCUUGGCACAUGGUAGUUAAACUUGGUCAUAUCAGAUGACUUGCUGGGGGACUGAGAAAAGAAGAAAGGCUGUAAUCUUGGCACAUGGUAGUUAAACUUGGUCAUAUCAGAUGACUUGCUGGGGGAAUGAGAAAAGAAUAAAGGCUGUGAUCUUGGCACAUGGUAGUUAAACUUGGUCAUAUCAGAUGACUUGCUGGGGGACUGAGAAAAGAAUAAAGGCUGUGAUCUUGGCACAUGGUAGUUAAACUUGGUCAUAUCAGAUGACUUGCUGGGGGAAUGAGAGAAGAAUAAAGGCUGUGAUCUUGGCACAUGGUAGUUAAACUUGGUCAUAUCAGAUGACUUGCUGGGGGACUGAGAAAAGAAUAAAGGCUGUGAUCUUGGCACAUGGUAGUUAAACUUGGUCAUAUCAGAUGACUUGCUGGGGGAAUGAGAAAAGAAUAAAGGCUGUAAUCUUGGCACAUGGUAGUUAAACUUGGUCAUAUCAGAUGACUUGCUGGGGGACGGAGAAAAGAAUAAAGGCUGUGAUCUUGGCACAUGGUAGUUAAACUUGGUCAUAUCAGAUGACUUGCUGGGGGAAUGAGAAAAGAAUAAAGGCUGUGAUCUUGGCACAUGGUAGUUAAACUUGGUCAUAUCAGAUGACUUGCUGGGGGAAUGAGAGAAGAAUAAAGGCUGUAAUCUUGGCACAUGGUAGUUAAACUUGGUCAUAUCAGAUGACUUGCUGGGGGAAUGAGAGAAGAAUAAAGGCUGUGAUCUUGACACAUGGCAGUUAAACUUGGUCAUAUCAGAUGACUUGCUGGGGGAAUGAGAAAAGAAUAAAGGCUGUGAUCUUGGCACAUGGUAGUUAAACUUGGUCAUAUCAGAUGACUUGCUGGGGGAAGAGAGAGAAGAAUAAAGGCUGUGAUCUUGGCACAUGGUAGUUAAACUUGGUCAUAUCAGAUGACUUGCUGGGGGAAUGAGAGAAGAAUAAAGGCUGUGAUCUUGGCACAUGGUAGUUAAACUUGGUCAUAUCAGAUGACUUGCUGGGGGAAUGAGAGAAGAAUAAAGGCUGUGAUCUUGGCACAUGGUAGUUAAACUUGGUCAUAUCAGAUGACUUGCUGGGGGAAUGAGAAAAGAAGAAAGGCUGUAAUCUUGGCACAUGGUAGUUAAACUUGGUCAUAUCAGAUGACUUGCUGGGGGACUGAGAAAAGAAUAAAGGCUGUGAUCUUGGCACAUGGUAGUUAAACUUGGUCAUAUCAGAUGACUUGCUGGGGGAAUGAGAAAAGAAUAAAGGCUGUAAUCUGGCACAUGGUAGUUAAACUUGGUGAUAUCAGAUGACUUGCUGGGGGACUGAGAAAAGAAGAAAGGCUGUAAUCUUGGCACAUGGUAGUUAAACUUGGUGAUAUCAGAUGACUUGCUGGGGGAAUGAGAAAAGAAUAAAGGCUGUGAUCUUGGCACAUGGUAGUUAAACUUGGUCAUAUCAGAUGACUUGCUGGGGGAAUGAGAAAAGAAUAAAGGCUGUGAUCUUGGCACAUGGUAGUUAAACUUGGUCAUAUCAGAUGACUUGCUGGGGGACUGAGAAAAGAAUAAAGGCUGUGAUCUUGGCACAUGGUAGUUAAACUUGGUCAUAUCAGAUGACUUGCUGGGGGACUGAGAAAAGAAUAAAGGCUGUGAUCUUGGCACAUGGUAGUUAAACUUGGUCAUAUCAGAUGACUUGCUGGGGGACUGAGAGAAGAAUAAAGGCUGUGAUCUUGGCACAUGGUAGUUAAACUUGGUCAUAUCAGAUGACUUGCUGGGGGAAUGAGAGAAGAAUAAAGGCUGUGAUCUUGACACAUGGCAGUUAAACUUGGUCAUAUCAGAUGACUUGCUGGGGGAAUGAGAAAAGAAUAAAGGCUGUGAUCUUGGCACAUGGUAGUUAAACUUGGUCAUAUCAGAUGACUUGCUGGGGGACUGAGAGAAGAAUAAAGGCUGUGAUCUUGGCACAUGGUAGUUAAACUUGGUCAUAUCAGAUGACUUGCUGGGGGAAUGAGAGAAGAAUAAAGGCUGUGAUCUUGGCACAUGGUAGUUAAACUUGGUCAUAUCAGAUGACUUGCUGGGGGAAUGAGAGAAGAAUAAAGGCUGUGAUCUUGGCACAUGGUAGUUAAACUUGGUCAUAUCAGAUGACUUGCUGGGGGAAUGAGAGAAGAAUAAAGGCUGUGAUCUUGGCACAUGGUAGUUAAACUUGGUCAUAUCAGAUGACUUGCUGGGGGAAUGAGAGAAGAAUAAAGGCUGUGAUCUUGGCACAUGGUAGUUAAACUUGGUCAUAUCAGAUUACUUGCUGGGGGAAUGAGAGAAGAAUAAAGGCUGUGAUCUUGGCACAUGGUAGUUAAACUUGGUCAUAUCAGAUGACUUGCUGGGGGAAUGAGAGAAGAAUAAAGGCUGUGAUCUUGGCACAUGGUAGUUAAACUUGGUCAUAUCAGAUGACUUGCUGGGGGAAUGAGAGAAGAAUAAAGGCUGUAAUCUUGGCACAUGGUAGUUAAACUUGGUCAUAUCAGAUGACUUGCUGGGGGAAUGAGAAAAGAAUAAAGGCUGUGAUCUUGGCACAUGGCAGUUAAACUUGGUCAUAUCAGAUGACUUGCUGGGGGACUGAGAAAAGAAUAAAGGCUGUGAUCUUGGCACAUGGUAGUUAAACUUGCCACUGAUUGAACAUAGUUUAUUGCAUAAAUAACAAAAGGAUUGGGCACUAGUGUGGCAACUUACUACACCCUCUCAGGGUUUGAACUUAACGGUCGCCCGAUCGCCCCUGGCGAUUGAAAACGACGACGGGCGACUGAAAACCCACAGUAAGGUUGCCCGCCUGGCGGCCGAUUUAAAUUUUUUUUUUUUUUUAAAUCAAUAAUUAAUAAAUAAAUAAAAGUACAGCUAAGUAACCUACUUUGCACCAUGAAAUAGUGUAGGUCUGCUUUUACAUAUAAACAUAUGCCCAAUAUAAGAAUAGGUGUACGGUAAGUUAAGUGGCAUGUAAAAUUGGGCACAAAUUCAUGUCGACAAGAUUCAGCCCUGGUUAUGUGUACACGUCGUAGAUCGUAUCCACUGAACAUUAUAUUUUAGGGGUUUUUUUUUAUUAUUAUUUCAUUGAGAUGGGGUGAGGGAGGAAGGGGUUGUGUCGGUUAUACCAGUGCUCAACGUUUGGUGAACGCAAGCAUCUUUGUUGGGAAUACCACAAAUGUAUUGACAGUGACAGUGGGGAGUCACAGUGGCAUGUCUGUUAUUUAUUUAAAGAGUGGGUUGGUUGAGUGCAGAAAAAUACUCAAAAUAAAUGUUUUCUCUUAUAAUCUGUUGCAAUAUUGUUGGGUUUUUUAGAAAAUAUUAUUCGGGCAAGUGAAAAUAGAGCCGGGCAAGUGGAACUGCUGUCACCACUUGCCCGGAUGGCAACUCAAAAAAAAAGUUAAGCGCAGACACUGCCCUCUCCUACAAUAUAAUAUUAAUGGUCACACUUACAGUUAUAAUAUAAUUCAGUAUUAAUAAUGUGUACAUGACUUUUUGAGAUUACUAUGAAUGUUUUCUAACAGAAAUGGUCGAUUAUACCUAAUCAUAGUAAUUUCCAGAUCCCUAGUGUUUGUAUAUCUCUCAUUUUGCCUUACAAUUCUGUCAAAACUGUUACUAAUGCAAUUAAAAUAUUCAACACUGC